AUGUCAGCCGGAAUCUCGCCAACCCACAUUUCGUCAUCCGCUUUGAACGCGCAAAAGAGGGCGUAUCGGCAGCGAAGGAAAGACCCCAGCUGUGAUGCUUGCAGGGAGCGCAAGGUUAAGUGCGACGCCACCGAAACCACAGCAUGUUCGGAAUGCUCCAGUCGAAAUCACAAGUGUCAGUUUACCAAAGAGACCAACCGUAGGAUGUCCUCAAUCAAACAAGUCCAAGAUCUCCAGAGUCAGCUAGCAGAGCUUCGACAAGAGAAUACACAUCUAAGGACGAGAGUUACGGAACGGACAUCCAUGGAAAUCGAUCGGCCUGCUGUACCAAACCAGAUUGAGAGUCACCCGAAGAUUCGCGACAGGCCACAUAGGAUCCAAGCUCCAACCAUGCAAAAUUUUGACCUGGUUCGCCGGAAUGUUCGCACAUAUUCUGAAGGCAUAUUCGACCAUGUCUCACAAAGUCGCUCCAGUACCAGUCUGUCCCAGAAUAGCUUAAUUCAUCCAGAGGUGCCUCCUCGGGCGGAGUUUGCUCAUCUUUCACGAUCAUAUCUUGAUUCGAUCCACGAACUCUUUCCCAUACUCCACUGGCCGACAUUCCAGCACGAGGUUGACCAGGUUUAUACUGCGAGGAGCUUUGAAGGAAUGCCACGGGAUUGGAUUAGCUUGUUCUUUGCCGUCAUGGCUUGUGGCCAGCUCCAAUCAGCUUUUGCUCAACCUGGGUCUCCCAAGCCUUCCGGUGACGAAAGGAAAUACUUCGAAUUGGCCACAAAUGCGCACUUGCGCCCAGCCCAGGAUAUUUCAAUAAACCAUGUCAAAGUCGCAUUCCUUCUUGGUCUAUUUUCCAUAGAGAGCAACAAGAAGUCGGAGGGUGCUACAUGGCUAGCUUCUGCGAUCAGGAUGGCUCACACCUUAGGACUUCAUAUUGAGAGGAACUUUCACUCAGCCAUGGAACUCGAGCUCAGAAGGCGGCUCUGGUGGUCUUUGUACACUCUUGAUCGAAUUUCCUCUUUUGAAGCAAUGAUCCCUAUGUCAAUCCACGAAGAUGACUUCGAAGUUUCUCUACCGUCUUCCACGGAAGAUCGAUACAUAUCUCAAGGCUUUUCGCGUCAGCAAUCAAGCCAACCCCCCUUUACUGGGUUUCUGGCGAUCAUUCAAGUGGCACGGCUAUACUGGGAUUUGUCCCGCACUCUGAAGUCCAGCAUCGUCUCUGUCGAAGCCUUGCAAGCUUUUGAUGAGAAGGUUCAUUCCAUAAUGAUGCUCUUCACCGAGACUGAUCAGGUCACAAACAAUUCUCCGCUCGCUCCACAGGCUCUCCCCACAGUCCUUACUCUUCAAUCUGCUCGAUUCUGCCUCUACCGACAUAAUCUGUCGCCAGUAUGCCGACAGAGUGAACGAAAUGAGGCACUUCGCAGGUGCCUACUGGUGGCACAAGACACUGCUCAAUACAUAUCGCGAACGCUACGGACAGCUCCAGAGAAGCCUGAAUUUGAUCGUACCUGGCGAACAAGAGUGGGUCAAAGUGCUUCUAGUAUGUUGUGCAUGCACAUUUGGCGCUGCAUGUUGAUACUCUGUUUCCGAGCCGAGUACCAGCCUGCACUCGAUUGUCUUCACUUCGCCGCCGUGGUUGGGAGUGGUCGAAAGAUCAACGCGGCGUGUGGUAAGAAUCUGGCCUUCUUCUUGGAUCGUCUCCUUGAACGGGUUCGCAGUGGCAACGGUGCGCAUCACCAGCUUGAGCAUGAUGAAGAAAUGAUUGCAUACGUUAGUGGUGAUAUGCAGGCCAGUCCCGAACACGCCUGGAUUUGGUCUCCAGAAUCUGCUCCACCACAGUCGCCUCCCCAUACCUCCCCAACCUUGCGAAUGGCAAACCACGGAGUAGAUGACCCUAUGCAGGGUACAAACUUGCCGCUACGACCAACUCCUGGCUCGCCUCAGAAUGAUUUCACAGAGUGGGAUGGGUGGAGUCGAAUUGAACAGAGAAUUCGGCUUCUCAUGGACGAAAAUCAUGCUCGCCUUUCCCAACCCGCCUCAUACUAUCCUCCACCUCAUAACCCUAUGAAAAGAGUACAAUUAGCACCCGGUCCGCCAGUGUCUCCCAACAAUUCGGUCUCUUUACCUCCGCCAACACCCUCGAAUGCCAGUCGAAUCAGUAUUGCAAACAUCAUCUAG